AUGGCCAACAAAUAUUGUUUAGACCCCAGUUGUGCCUGCCAUAGCCUCACAAAUGAGCAACUGGUUCUUCUUGAUGCGUCUCUGCACCACCUACGUUACGAGUUAAAUAUGCUCUGCACGGCCCUCAAUAUGGAUUUAUCAUCAGUUUCUGAUUUCGUCAAGAACACAGUUGUUGAAUCUGCAGCAGUUCACUGGCGACAGAUUUAUGAGGCUCUCCACAAUCAACCAAAAAAAAGAGUUCCUGACGACUUGCAUCCCUAUCACUGGGACAGCAGCAAGUACGGAUUGAAACACGAUCCCAAACAUCCACUCCCGUCUCUCACUUCAGACCCAGAUCUCAAAGAGAGAGUUGACCAACAAAUCGUCCACCUGACUGCUCUCAGAUAUGGAAAUGGAACAAGUGUCAAAGUAAGCCGUGCUCAUUUAGGCCCAACUACCAAAGAGUUUAUCCAGUACAUCAAUGCCUUGCUGGCUCGUUUCAGCAUCCUAAAACACCGCUUCGAGGAUCUGGACAAUAAUAAGAAUGUUGGUUUCUUCCCUGAUACUGGUGUGCCUACUGUGCCAGUUGCCCUUCCUGGAAUCUCCCUCCCAAUAUCAUACACGAGUCCUACGGGUCCAUUCUCAACACUGCCAGCGCCAGCGCUAACCCCGACUUCAGGUCCGAGUGGUACAGUCCCCAGUUGCAUGUUAAGCAUGCCCCCAACUCCACCCUCUACUACAAGAGUCACAGAUAUGUCUGGUUCAUUCGUCGAGGACAAG